AUGGGCGAAAACAAUGUUGGUAUUAGCACUCCACAGUGGAUGUCAAUUACCGGCCAGCCGCUUGACCUGGGGCUCCACAACUCUGGGAUUGAAGGGCAAUGCGUCUCCAUCGCCUCAUAUGAGAAGCUCAAUCAGCUCGGUGAAGGCACUUACGGUGUCGUCUACCGGGCUCAAGACCGUCAGACUUCUCGAGUCGUCGCCCUGAAACAAGUACGAAUAUCAGCAGAAGAGCGGCAGAAUGGCGUCCCAAUCACUGCGUUACGCGAGAUCUCGAUUCUACGGUCUCUGAAGCACAAUAAUAUCAUUGAUGUGAUCGAUGUGGCAGUCGGGGCGCAUGCAAUGGAUGAGGUCUACAUGGUUAUGGAGUAUGCUGAGCAGGAUCUUGCAAACAUGCUUGAUGAGCUAAACGUCAAGUUCACUAUGAGUCAAGUCAAAUGCCUCUUCCGACAAGUUCUCGAAGGUAUCGACUACCUGCAUAGGAACGACAUCAUUCACCGGGAUGUGAAAAUGCAGAAUAUCCUGUUAACAGCGAAAGGUGUCCUCAAGCUUGCUGACUUCGGCAUGGCUCGUGCAUAUUCCCCGCGACCUUUGACACCCGGAGUAGUCACUAUUUGGUACCGGUCGCCGGAGCUCUUGCUUGGCACAAAAUACUACAGUCCAUCCAUCGACCUAUGGUCUGCUGGGCUUGUGCUUGCGGAAUUGCUUCAAAGCGCUCCAUGCCUUACUGGAGAGACGCCUAUAGAGCAACUAUCCUUGAUCAUCAAACUCCUUGGCUCACCCACCCAAGAUGACCUAGCAGCACUGUCAGCUAUGGGAUGUCCUGAGCUCAUCCGUUGGCGCAGAGAAGGACUGGCGUCUGGCCGAGCCGACAACAUGGAUCGGAGAUUCCUGGCAAACACCUCGCCUGAGACUAUUAACUUCUUGAGAGGUCUGCUCAAAUGGGACCCCAAUGCUCGAUGGACAGCUGGGGAGGCCUUGGGAACAGGCAAAAGCCGACUCUCUGCAACGGCAGAGAAGUGGUGGAAAGAGAGCCCACGCGCUAUCGACAAGGAUUUACUCCCUACAUUCCCCGAAGUACGCAACGUGGAGAAAAUCCAGACUACGACGAACCGUGGUAGAGCGGAGGUGGAGAUUGCUGGGCGGGUGGGGAAUAAUAAUCCAGGGAGAGGGGAUUAUAUUUUUGACUUUAGCGAAGACAGCGAUUUGCGGAGGCCUGCAAAGAGGCCUCGGGCACGAUGA